CAAAAGAAAAUUGUUCUUGUACCUUGUUCCGUAGAUGUUAAUUUUUGGCUGUCGGAAAUAACGUUUAUUGUAGUGAUAAAUUGUAAUUUCGAAUAAAAAGUUGUGAAGAAUCCAUUAUUUACCUUAUUAUCUAGCAGUUAUCGGAAAAUAUGUCUCGGAUUUACGUCAGGAAAACAAAAAGGCAGAGCUGGACAGAUGACCAGAUGGCCGCAGCAAAGCAAGCUGUUAGCGGCGGGAUGUCCGUAAAGUCAGCUUCCGAGAAAUUCAACAUCCCAAGAGUAACUCUGGCAAGAUGGAUUGCCUGUCCAACCAAACAAAAGGGACUCGGUUCGAAGAAACCAGUGUUCUCACCAGAACAAGAAAAGGAACUGGCAAACCAUCUCUUGGAUUUGGAAGCAAGAUUCUAUGGAGUGAACAUGAAGGACGUCAGAUGUUUGGCUUACGAACUGGCGGUUAAAAAUGGGUUAGAGCACAACUUCAACCACAAACAUGAAAUGGCUGGAAGAUACUGGCUAGAGGGGUUCCUCCGGCGAAAUACACACAUUUCAUUCCGGAGGCCGGAGGCCACAUCCGCUGCUCGAGCUAGAGGCUUCAAUAAACCGUCUGUGUACGCAUUUUAUGACAUGCUCGAAAAUUUACUGGAUUCCAAGAAGUUCCCUCCUUCACGCAUAUUUAAUGCGGACGAAACGGGGAUUAGCACGGUUCCACCAAAAAAGUUAAAAAUCGCUGCUAAAAAGGGAAAAAAGCAGGUUGGAUCUAUUACUUCUGGCGAGAGAGGCACAUUAACCACUGUUGUGAUGUGCAUGUCCGCAACUGGCCAACAUGUACCGCCAUAUGUGAUUUUUCCACGAGUGCGUAUGCACGAUUCACUAAAAAAAGGAACCCCGAAUGGAACAAAAUUCAAUUGCAACCCGUCGGGAUAUAUGAACUGCGACACAUUCUUGGAUUGGUUCGACCACUUCGUGAAACAUAUUAACCCCUCGGAACAGAACCCAGCACUGCUGAUUAUAGAUGGCCAUAGCUCUCACACAAAAAAUCUAUCGUUUGCAGAUAAGGCUCGUGCUAAUAUUGUUACGGUCGUUGCGUUGCCGCCACACUGCACUAAUAAAAUGCAACCCUUGGAUGUAGCUUUUAUGACGCCGUUCAAAAGUUACUAUGCAAGUGCUACAGAAAAUUUCAUGCGUGCGAAUCCGGGGCAAGUUAUUGGUAUGUAUGAUAUCUCGGAACUCUUGGGCGUAGCUUUCCCGAAAGCUGCUUCGGUUGACGUGGCAGUGAACGGUUUUCGUAAAACAGGAAUUUGGCCAUUAGACAGAAAUGUGUUCUGUGAUGCGGAUUUUGCUCCAUCUGAAGUGACAAAUCAGCCAGAAAUUGUUACGUUAAUCACGGUAACCGACCCAAUGGUGAUCGAUGAAUCAACAGUACAGCUGAUUACUCUUCCUACAACGAUUUCUCUCUCCACUUCAACAACUGAUCAACUUGGACAUACGCCCGAGCUGGAUGUUAGUGUUAACUCGCAUCUUGAUUCAUUCUCUGAAGCCUCUCCGAACUCUUCUUUCAACAUCUCACCAAAGGAUAUUUUACCUCUUCCAAAGAUGUCAGCAGCGAAAACUUUGAAACGGAAAAGGAAGGCCGAAAAAGCUGUUGAGGUGACAAGUACAAGUUAUCGUCAAGGACUGUCUAUUGCGGAAGCAACGAAAACCAUAAAAGCAAUAAAAGGACGCAAACAGGCACCGAAAAAACGAACGAAAGUAUUGAAACUUGACGAGGCAUUUGAAGAUGUUUUGUGUGAUGUAUGUGGCGCAAAUUUUUCGAAUUCUGAAGAUGGCCAAGGAUGGAAGAAAUGUAUCUCGUGUAUGAUUUGGUUCCACUUCGAUUGUUCCAAUGAGGAUAUUGUGGUUUGCACCGCUUGUAACUAAGUUACUAUUGAUUGAUUUUUUUAUUGCUGGAUUGACAUGAAAUAAAUGAAUUUUGAUUUUGUAAAGUAAUAAACUAUUAUUUAACUAAUGAACAGUGAAU